AUACAAAAUUCUAAAUCUUUUUCUUUGUGAAUCUAAUUUUGAUGAGAUUAUCUUUUCAUCAUAGUCAGUUGUGCGAUUUCUUUUAUCUAAAAUCCUACGCUUUAAGAAAGUGUUUCGGUUUCGUUUGGUUAUGCAAUCACUGAUGUGGAACAUGUGCUGACAGACGAUCACACUGCGGUUAAACGGAAUAAUAAGUGACCAUGGAUGAAACAUUAAAACAUUAUAAUCCAAACCCGACCCUCACCACCAAUCCAAUAUCGAAAUUGUUCUUUUGGUGGCUGAAUCCAUUGUUUAAGAUAGGCUACCAAAGAAGAUUAGAAGUAGAUGAUAUGUACAAUGUCUGUGAACAGGACUCAUCAGAUAACUUAGGAGAUCGAUUAGAAAAAGAAUGGAAUAAAGAAUUAAGGAAAAAACAAUCAGGUGGAAAACCUAGUCUGUUAAAAUGUCUGAUACGAAUGUUUGGUGUUGAAUAUGCUUUGUUAGGAUUGAUAUUAUUUAUUGAGGAAGGAACAAAAAUCGCUCAACCAUUGUUAUUAGGUCAGCUUAUUCGUUAUUUUACUCCUGGGUCUACAGUAAGCAGUACAGAUGCCUAUAUGUAUGCAAUGGGUGUGAGUCUGUGUGCCAUUAUAUUAGCUAUAUUUCAUCAUCCAUACUUUUUUGGAGUACAGAGAAUUGGUAUGCAGCUUCGUGUUGCCUGCUGUUCCUUAUUAUACAGAAAAGCAUUACGUCUAAAUAAUACAGCAUUAGGGCAGACAACAACAGGACAAAUAGUUAAUCUUAUGUCAAAUGAUGUCAACAGAUUUGACACGGCAGCUAUUUUCCUACAUUAUCUGUGGGUAGGACCAGCACAAGCAAUUCCUGUUUUAUUUAUAUUGUGGAAUGAACUGGGACCAUCAGCAAUGGCAGGAUUUGGUGUGUUGCUUUUACUGGUUCCUGUCCAAAGCUGGAUGGGCAAACUUUUUUCCAAGUUCAGGCACAAGACAGCGAUACAUACAGAUGAAAGAGUUAAAGUUAUGAAUGAAAUUAUAUCAGGGAUGAGAGUCAUUAAAAUGUAUUGUUGGGAAAAACCAUUUGGUCAGAUGGUAGAAAAGAUCAGAGGGCAAGAGAGAAGAUAUGUCUGGAAAUCCAAAAAAGUAUGGUCGUACACGAGGGGUGUUUGGUUGUAUGGUCCUCGUUUCAUGUACUAUUGUACCAUAGUACCAGCUGUGUUAUCUGGUGUCUCUCUAGUAGCAGAACGCUUGUAUAUUUGUAUUCCUAUAUUAUUUGUGGUGUCUCAAAAUAUAAUGGGAACUAUUCCUCAUUUGUGGCAUGAUUUAGCAGAAGGUUGGAUAACCAAUCUACGUUUUCAGAAAUUUUUGUUGUUGGACGAGUUGAAGAAGGAAAGUCAUUUAGAACGAGCUGAUUCUGUAGAGCCAGGGGACUGUUACAUCUCUAUCAAUAACAUCACAGGGAAAUGGGAUCCAGAAUCUGAACAAACAACACUAAAAGACAUUAAUGCAAAUGUUCAGCGAGGAAAGUUGUUGGCAGUGAUUGGUCCAGUUGGAGCAGGGAAGUCUUCACUAUUAAUGAGUGUUCUUGGAGAAAUUCCAUUAGUAAAUGGUGAUGUCAAAGUUCAUGGCAGAAUAUCUUACGUAGCACAACAACCUUGGGUUUUCUCUGCAAGUGUACGACAAAACAUUGUGUUUGGCAACAAAUAUGAACAGUCCAAAUAUAACAGGAUACUAAAGGCUUGUGCCUUAAAUAAGGAUAUUGAAUUGAUGCCAAAUGGAGACGCUACUCUUAUUGGAGACAGAGGGGUCAGUUUAAGUGGAGGUCAGAGGGCAAGGGUCAGUUUAGCUAGAGCCCUCUACAUUGAUGCAGAUGUUUAUUUGUUAGAUGAUCCUCUAAGUGCUGUGGAUGCAGCUGUCAGUAGACACUUGUUUGAAAAAGUCGUGCUUGGAGUACUGAAGAAUAAACCAGUAAUUUUAGUGACACAUCAGCUCCAGUUUUUAAAAGAAGCAGAUGAAAUAUUGAUAUUGAAAGAGGGUAAAUGUUUAGGGCAAGGAACAUUUGAUGAAAUGUCACAAUCAGGAAUAGAUUUCUCCUCUCUGCUGAAGAGAGAUAAAGAGGAGGAAGAAGUAAAAGAAGAAGAACAUCACCAAGAAGUCAGCUAUCAUUUAGAAAAUGCCAAACUUGCCAAUAUCGGAUCGAUGAUGUCUUUGACAUCCAUAGGAACAGAAUUUGAGCCAGACCCAGUGCAACUACCAGAAGAAGAAGAGAGACAGGAAGGCACUGUAGGAUGGAAAGUUUAUUAUGAGUGGCUCAAAAAUGGUUGUGGUCCCUUCAAGUUUAUUAUUUUGAUAUUACUAAACUUGUUAACCCAAGGACUUUAUGUGACAAGCGAUUGGUGGUUAGCAUUAUGGUCAAAUAAAGAAGAAAAUAAGCAUGCUGCCAUUGCCCUGGAUAAAGAAUUAAGAUUUCAGGGAUACAAUGUUACAAAUGUGACUAUCCCUUUUGUGGACACACACGAAAAUGUCUACAUCUUUACUGGUAUCAUAGCUGCUGUGUUCCUGUUCGGUCUCCUUAGGGCUCUUAUGUUCUUCAAAGUAGCUGUCGAUUCUUCUAUGAACAUGCACAACAAGAUGUUCAACAGUUUACUUCGUUCACCAAUCAGCUUCUUUGACACAAAUCCAGUUGGUCGAAUAUUAAACAGAUUUUCUAAAGAUACAGGGCACAUGGACGACCUUCUUCCAAUAACACUGUUUGACUUUAUACAGUGUUUCCUCCUAAUUAUUGGUAUAGUAGUAGUUGUUGGAAUAGUGCUACCAUGGGUAUUUAUACCACUGAUACCAAUAGGAAUACUGUUUGUUGUUGUCAGAAGAUAUUAUAUCAUGACAUCUCGUCACAUUAAGAGAUUAGAAGGAACAACAAGAAGCCCAGUAUUUUCCCAUCUCAGUGCCUCAUUACAAGGAUUACACACAAUCAGAGCCUUUGGGGUACAAGACAAGUUUCAGGAGGAAUUUGACAACCACCAGAACCUGCACACUGAAGCCUGGUUCCUGUUUUUGGCUACCAGUAGAUGGUUAGCAGUCAGACUUGAUUGGAUGUGUGCUGUAUUUGUUAGCAUAGUGGCAUUCUUAUGUGUUGUUUUAGCUGAUUCUCUGGAUGCAGGAAGGGUAGGACUUACACUAACUUAUGCUAUGACAUUGAUGGGAAUGUUCCAAUGGGCAGUCAGACAGAGUGCAGAAGUAGAAAAUCAGAUGAUAUCAGUUGAGAGAGUGAUGCAGUAUUCUAAACUAACCAGUGAAGCUGACCUAACUUCAGACAAGGACCACAAACCUCCACCAGACUGGCCAGUCCAUGGCAAGAUAACUGGGGAUAAGGUCUGCCUGAGAUAUUCUAGUACAGGUCCAAUGGUCCUCAAGUACUUAAAGUUUUGUAUAGAAAGCAAAGAAAAGAUUGGAAUUGUGGGUAGAACUGGUGCUGGUAAGAGUUCAUUGAUUGCUAUGUUAUUUAGAAUGAUAGAACCAGAAGGACAAGUUAUGAUAGAUGGUGUUAAUAUUGUCAACAUAGGUUUACAUGAACUCAGGAACAAGAUCUCUAUCAUACCACAGGAUCCUGUCCUGUUCACUGGUCCUUUGAGGAAAAAUUUAGAUCCAUUUGGUGAACAUGCAGAUUCAUCAUUAUGGAGUGCCCUAGAGGAGGUACAGCUAAAGCCAGCCAUUGAAGAACUUCCUAGCCAGUUGGAGACAGAGGUUUCUGAAGGAGGGAUAAACUUUAGUGUGGGGCAAAGACAGUUGAUCUGUCUGGCCAGAGCUAUCCUACGUAGAAAUAAGAUAUUGAUGAUUGAUGAGGCUACAGCUAAUGUAGAUCCAAGAACUGAUGCAUUAAUACAGAAUACAAUCAGAGAGAAGUUUAGAUAUUGUACUGUGUUAACCAUAGCUCACAGACUAAAUACCAUAAUGGAUUCUGACAGAGUUCUAGUUCUUGAUGAAGGAAAUAUAAUGGAGUUUGAUCAUCCAUAUCAGCUCCUUCAAAUUGAAGAUGGCUACUUUUCUAAAAUGGUGCAGCAAACAGGUCCAAGUGAAGCAGAGCAUCUACUUAGCAUUGCCAAGGAUACAUACGACUCUUCUGGAAAGGAGGUUGAAAGGGUGUACAGUACAUCAGACGUAAACAUAGAUGAGUCCAUGUGUAUGCAGGAAGAUAGGAGUAAAGGUGCUUCAAUGGAGGUAAAUGGGAAUGCUGUCAUGGUGAAGGAUUCUGGGAAAACAAAAUUAAAUGGUGGAAUAAAUGUAGAACAAAAGGAAGAUCAGACAAAGUCAGAUUCAAAUCAAAAUCUUUCCAUUGACAGUAAUUCUGUAAUAGAGCAGAAAUCCACCGAGUUGACUGAAGCAACUGAUAAUGAGAACUCGAGUAUUCAACAUUCCAAUGAAAGUGAAAAUAGUCCAUUACUUAAACAAUCACAUGAUCAUAAAAAGUCACAUGACACAGCCAAUAAGUCACCUGAUUAUGUAAAUGAUGCCAAUCUUGCCAAUGGUUUACACAGUGAUUCAGAAGAAGCAGAGGAAACAGAACAUCUGAUCAAUCAUGAUAAUUAAAAAUCUGAUUGAUCAUGAUAAUUAGAAAUCUGAUUAGUCAUGAUAAUUUAAGAUAGAAUGGUUUUUGAUAUGCAUAAUCAAUUUAGGAGCAAGUGAUUCUUUUUGGGAUGUCUGUUCAAAUCUUGCUUUCACAAGUCAAUAUGGUAUAAAGUUCAGCAGUGAUGGAUCCAGAAGGGGUGGGUCCAGAGUUUGACAAAGUCACAUAGUUUUGUGUACAUGUGUUUUUUUUUUAUUCAUUUGAAUUUUUAUCUGAAUAUUUUAAUGUGUUGAAUAUUAGUCCUAAUUAUAGGUUAGUUUUAUAUAUCACCUCCAUUUUUAGAAGAUUUUUAGUUUGAAUCAUAUUUUUAGCUCACCUGGCCCAAAGGGCCAAGUGAGCUUUUCUCAUCACUUUGCGUCCGUCGUCCGUCGUCGUCGUCCUGCGUCCGGCGUUAACUUUUACAAAAAUCUUCUCCUCUGAAACUACUGGGCCAAAUUCAACCAAACUUGGCCACAAUCAUCAUUGGGGUAUCUAGUUUAAAAAUUGUGUCCGAUGACCCCGCCAACCAACCAAGAUGGCCGCCAUGGCUAAAAAUAGAACAUAGGGGUAAAAUACAGUUUUUGGCUUAUAACUCAAAAACCAAAGCAUUUAGAGCAAAUCUGACAUGGGGUAAAAUUGUUUAUCAGGUUAAGAUCUAUCUGCCCUGAAAUUUUCAGAUGAAUCUGACAUUCCGUUGUUAGGUUGCUGCCCCUAAAAAGGUAAUUUUAAGGAAAUUUUGUUGUUUUUGAUUAUUAUCUUGAAUAUUAUUAUAGAUAGAGAUAAACUGUAAACAGCAAUAAUGUUCAGCAAAGUAAGAUCUACAAAUAAGUCACCAUGACCAAAAUGGUCAAUUGACCACUUAAGGAGUUAUUGCCCUUUUUAGUCAAUUUUUAACCAUUUUUCGUAAAUCUUAAGUAAUCUUUUAGAAAAAUCUUCUCCUCUGAAACUACUGGGUCAAAUUAAUUGAAACUUGGCCACAAUCAUCAUUGGGGUAUCUAGUUUAAAAAUUGUGUCCUGUGACCCGGCCAACCAACCAAGAUGGCUGCCACGUCUAAAAAUAGAACAUAGGGGUAAAAUGCAGUUUUUGGCUUAUAACUCAAAAACCAAAGCAUUAAGAGCAAAUUUGACAGGAAAUAAAAUUGUUGAUCAGGUCAAGAUCUAUCUGCCCUGGAAUUUUCAGAUGAAUUGGAUCAUCGGUUGUUAGGUUGCUGCCCCUGAAUUGGUAAUUUUGAGGAAAUUUUGCUGUUUUUUUGUUAUUAUCUUGAAUAUUAUUAUAGAUAGGUAUAAACUGUAAACAGCAAUAAUGUACAGCAAAGAAAAAACUAAAAAUAAGUCAACAUGACCAAAUAGUCAA